GCCCUGCCGAUGUUUUGAUUUAUCUUUUUAUGCUUAAACUGUAGCCAUGGUAAAAUGAAUAAAAAGAAAGACAAGCCAGGAAAAUUUUCCUUUAGGAAAAUCAAAAAGAAUAAAAACAAGGACAUAGAAGCUCCAGAAGAAGAAGCAAAAAGGCUUACAGAAUCCAAGGUUAAUAAUGAAGAGCUAAUAACAGCACCUGAAAAUAACGUACAUCCUAAAGUAGUAAAUGUGAAAACUGAAAGCUCAACAGUGAAACAGGAGAGGGUCAACGAGAGGCCGGUGGAUGUUGGUCCCGUUCUGAAGAAUGUGAUUCAAAAUACACAGAGUCAGAAUGGAGGUUACCCCAAAACAUUGGAAAGUGUUGAACCAAAAGGAUCGAAGAGAGUACAUAGUUAUUCCCGGGAGUCGCCAGAACAAAGCUCACCCCAGAUGUUGCCUAUGGAGGAAAGAAGGAAAUUAAAACAGUUUGCUUCUGUCCGAAGUCCUAGCUCUAAAAAAGAUAGCGUGUCUUAUGAAAAUGAGGAAACGACUUCCUCAGAGAAGAAAAAGAAAAGUCGUUCUAUCCUGGGAUCCAUACGAGGAAAAAAAUCGAAAAAAGCCAAACGGAGUUUAACAGAUGUAUUUGAAGAAGAAGCAAAGAAGACAAACCAUGAGAAUGAGAAAGUGUCACCAGAUGACGAUGAUUCAGAUGAAGAGGAGGAAGAUGAUUGGGAUGAUGAUCCUAAUAAUCCUUUUUCAUCGUCUUUUCAACCAAAGGAAGUUCAUAGAGCACAACCACCUGCCCAAGAUGUUCAGCAGAAACAUGAUACAGACGUGCAGUUCUCUCUUGAAAGAGAAAAUUCGAAAGAAUCUGAUAAAAUGGAAAUAUCGAAAGACAAUUUCAAUAAAGAGCCUAAGAAAAAGAAGAAGAAAAUGAAAAUACCAUCUUUCCGGAAAAGAAAAAAGGAAGACGUGGAAUCUGAAGUUCAGCCAACUUCGGUUGCUCAGUCACCCACUUCUCAGAGAACGGCAUCACUUCCGGUCAGUCACCAAGAACAAAUGAUGAAGCAAACUACGAAGGUUAAGAAGGACAGUAUUAUGUAG